AUGGAGUUUGUGACUCAGGUGGAGGGGGAAUGUAUGUUUGGCAGUCUCGUCAGGGUUUCUGAAUCUUCGGAUCAUGUCUACAGUACCCCUUUUUCACCGGACGGAAAAUAUCUGGCAUGUGUGCUCGGUGACGGCUCGCUUCUUAUCUUGGACCCUAAAACACUGCAUGUUCGGCACAGGACUCAGAUGGGCAAAUCGUACGAUGGCUUGCCUAGCACCGGCGUCUGUUGGUUUACACAAAAGGAAGACGAUGUGUACGACUUAGUUUCUGUCUCAAGUGCAGGGGGUGUAUUUGUUUGGAGGUGGGACGGAGGCCAAAUUGAGCGUACAGCAAAAGCGCAUGAGGUGGAUAAUGAAAUUACAUGUGUUGAAGUCUCUUUGGAUGCAGGCGAUUUCCUCACGGCUGGUAGUGAUCGUAUUGUUCGCCAGUACGAUUCAGCUGGUAAGUUGAAAGAUACCUUAUGCAAGGGUUUUGACGAUGACGGGUACUUGCGCGCAACGCAUACAAACCGUAUUUUUUCCGUUCGUUUUGUCACACCCACAAUCGCUGUUAGUGGCGGGUGGGGAAGCCCAAUUCAGGUAUGGGAUAUGCGUAGCUUGGAGUCUCGAAAGCAGAUUUUGGGUACACAGAUUGCAGCUGACAGUAUUGAGCCUCUCCCCAAUACCACCUGCAUCAUUGUCACCUCAAAAAAGCCGGAAAGACAGAUACAGGUGUUUGACUGCGUGUCGGGGGAAGAGAUGGAGGAGGUUUCCACUCGUUUAUCAUCCGAAAUGGGAGAUAACGUUCCGUUGGUCUCAAGAUACUGCGAAAAAACUGGUCUUCUAUGGACCAUAACAUCAAAAUCACAUAAAGUUCUUGUUACGUCAUUCUCUACUGGAAAAUUAUUGGCCUCGUGCGAAUUGCCUGUCUCUCUUAUGAACAUACAUGUUUCACAUCACUAUCCUUUUCAAGCGAUUGUUUCAUGUGCUAAUGGAAAGAUCUUUCUGGCCACAGUGAAGGUGUAG